AUGCUCAACUCCGUUCUGCCGCUGCUGCUCUCCGGAGCAGCGCUCACCAGCGCCACCCUCUGUCCCGUCAGCGUACUGGAUAACUUUGACGACCUCACCACUGGAGGACCUCGUGCUGCGGGAACACCUAUUGGUACUUACAAUGGAGUAAAGUUCCAGGAUUUCUACGUCGAAGAUCCCCAUGACAAGACUGGCAAGCUGCCUUACGGCAUCAACCCGGCCUCGGGUAACCAAUCUGCGCUCUACUAUGGCGACCAAUCCACACCAAUUGUCAAGGUCAACUACAUUGGUUCAAAGUACGACUCGUUUGACUUGACAUCCUUCAAGUUUGGCUGUGCAUUUGGAUUCCAGACGAUUCCCUUUGGUGUCUCGCGCUGCAUCGUAGCCGUUCUCGGCUAUAGGAAUGGCAACCGAGUGGCCGCUCAGCAGUUCAGCUACCUCCCAAACAUGCGCUCGACUACGGGAAACAUGAUCGUUGCUACACUGACUGACGAUUUCAAGAAUUUGGACAAGAUCCGAUUCGGCACUGGCUACUCACCAACUCUAUCCUCCGGUGGAGACCCAGCUGCGGCCGGCUUUGUUGGUGCUACCUGGUUCGAUGACAUUCAGUUCACCCUCUACCAGAACGUCAAUGGGGCUUGUCCAGGAUCGAGCUCGUCGUCGGUAGUUCUGCCAUCAACUUCUCUUUCUUCCUCCUCGACGUUGUUGGGAACAUCAUUGCCGAUUUCAGUACCAACGACCUCAGUAUCGUCUCCCAUCUCCACGGAUAUCUCGAUCCCGAUUUCUGUAUCUCCAUCAGUCUCGCUGAGCCCCAGCGUGACUGUUUCAACCGACCUGCUGCCCACGUCGACGGAAAUCCCUACAGUUCUGCCCACGACAAUCUCAGGAGUUUCCACUGACCUGCCCACAUCAGUCGAGGUAUCCACUGAUCUGCCCGUCACGACAACAAUUUCUACAGAAGUGCCAAUCACCACGUCGAUUGAGUUGCCUACAACACUUGACACUUCUUCAGAUAUUGCCACGUCUCUCGAGGUGACAACAGACCUGCCCACGUCUACUGAGAUUACAACAGACUUGCCCGUGUCGACUGAUGUUACGACCGAGGUCCCAACCUCCAUUGAAGUGCCUACCUCUAUUCCCACAACUCUUGAGGUGUCGUCGGACAUCACCACUGCAGUAGAGGUUUCAACUGACCUGCCUACGACAAUUCUUUCUACGGAUGAGUCCACGACAGUUGAGAUCACAACUGAAAUUCCCACAUCGAUCGAUGUUACGUCCGUGUUGCCGACCACCGUCGAUGUCACGACUGAUCUGCCCACGAUCACUGAUAUCACGACUGAUCUACCAACGGUCACCGAUAUCACCUCUGAUAUCUCCUUGACAAUCGAGACCUCGACAGAUCUCCCUACAACUAUCGAGACUUCCAUUGAAUUGCCAACUUUGACAUUGCCAACUUUGACGUUGCCCACUUUAACGCUGCCAACUUUGACGGAUAUCUCUACAGAUUUGCCCACGACGAUUGAGACUUCUAUUGAAGUGCCAACCUCUACUGAAAUCUCCACUGACCUGCCUAUCGAGACGACAGAGCUGCCAACUUCCGAGAUUACCGAUCUGCCGACUGAGACGACUGAGUUGCCCACGUCCACUGAUCUGUCUACCGAUCUUCCUAUUGAAACUUUGACGGAUCUCACGAGUUCGAUUGAUAUUACUUCAUUGUUGUCAUCGUUGACCUCGGACAUUGAUAUCUCCACGCUCCUGCCAACGACUAUUGAAGUCUCCACGGACGUGAUUACCUCAAUCGAGGUUCCCACGGAUGUCCCCACGACCAUUCUUUCCACGGAUCUGAGCACCACGGUUGAGAUUACCACCGACAUCCCGACCAUCACUGAGAUUCCAACGGAAGUCCCGACAUCUACAGAGAUCUCGACCGACCUGCCUGUUAUCACUGACUUGCCCACUGAGACUAGCGUUGAGCUCCCUACUGAAACUCUGCCAACUUCCAUUGAGACUUCGGAGCUUCCCACCGACACCUCUACAGAUCUGACCACAGAAUUGCCUACGGACACUGUCAUCACGCUGCCUACUGAGACUCUGCCCACAUCGCUGGAUACUACCGAGCUUCCCACGGACACGACGGACCUGCCGACGGAUACGAUCACCCUCCCGACGUCUCUGGAGACCUCUACUGAGCUCCCGAUCGAGACAACAGAACUGCCAACGGACACUGUCAUCACGCUGCCUACAGAGACUCUACCGACGGAAACUCUACCAACGUCAUUCGAGACUACCGACCUUCCCACAAGCACCGAGGACAUCACCUCGCUGCCGACAGACUUGACAACCAUUAGCCUGCCGACUUCGCUCCCGGUCCCUACCAUCGAUACAUCUGAUAUCAUUACUGAUAUACCAACGACUAUCGAUAGCAGCACCAUCAGCCUGGAGCCCACGUUCGAUACAACAAGCGACCUGGUCCCUACUGACACGGAUAGCAUCAUCUCGACGGAGAUUACCAUUAUUGCCACACCUACUGGCGAGCCUACCAUUACAGUCUCGACGGAGAUUCCGAUCAGCACCGACGUUACCACGGACCUCAGCCACCAGACUAGUGAUCUUCCCACCGACAUCCCGACUACCGAGCUUCCCACAUCGAUUGAGACUUCUAUCGAGCUCCCGACUUCAGUCGAGACCUCUAUUGAGAUUUCAACGACUGAGCUCCCGACUUCAAUUGAAACUUCUAUCGAGAUCUCAACCACUGACCUGCCGACUUCGAUUGAGACUGAGCUCCCAACCUCAAUUGAGACUUCAAUCGAGGUCCCAACUUCAAUUGAGACUUCUAUUGAGAUCUCAACUACUGACCUACCGACUUCGAUUGAGACUGAGCUGCCAACUUCAAUCGAGACCUCUAUCGAAGUCCCCACUUCAAUUGAGACUUCAAUCGAGCUGCCCACUUCGAUCGAGACUUCAAUUGAGAUCUCCACCACUGAGCUUCCCACCUCGAUUGAAACCUCUAUUGAGAUUUCGACUACUGAGCUUCCGACAUCGAUUGAGACUUCAAUUGAGACUUCGAUUGAGAUCCCAACAUCGAUCGAGACUUCCAUUGAGCUCCCCACAUCGAUUGAGACUUCAAUCGAGAUUUCGACUACUGAGCUCCCUACAAGCGACAUCACAACAGAGCUGCCACCACUGACAACACCAACUGAGCUCCCGACAAGCCUCGAAACGAGCUUCACUAUCACAUCCAUCUCGAUACCGACCACGAUCUCGACGUUGAUUCCCGUCACAACGUCGGUCAUCGUGAACCCACCAUUUGACUUUAACAUCACCGUCCCAGCAGACGGCGUUCCUCCUCUGUCCACCGACGGCCGCUGCGGUGUCGAAUACCACGGCACCGACUUCGAGACACGCUGCCCGACGGGCCAGUGCUGCAGCGCCUGGGGAUGGUGCGGCACCGGUGGUCUGUACUGCGCAACCUGCCAGUCCGCCUUUGGCGCCUGCUUCCGAUUUGGCAACUUCCGAUUCAGAAUUCCCAUCAACGCAACCACGCCCCAGUAG